AUGAAUAGACUAGUCCUAAGGGUACUAUCUAAGUACACCAGGUUUUCUCUACCGAGAUUGCAAUUCCAAAACAUACGGUUUUCCCAUUCAUUUCCAUUGCGAGAUUACCAACAGAAAGCUAUAGACUUGAUCCUAGAAUCAUCCAACUCGGGAGUGAAAAGACAAGCAAUAGAAAUGGCUACUGGAAGCGGUAAAACAGUUGUAUUUAGUCACUUAAUCCCCUUAUUGAAACAGAAAGGAACCAGAGCCCUUGUAUUAGCACAUACUCAAGAAUUAAUCACUCAAUCGCGAGAUAAGAUCAACAAAGUGAAUCCUGAUUUGAAAGUUGGUAUUGAAAUGGGGAAAGUACGGUCUAAACCAGAUGAUGACGUUGUUGUGGCGUCAGUCAUGUCAUUAGCCCGAUCCAAUAGAUUAGAAAGAUUUAAUCCCAAUGAAUUUAAAACAAUUAUUAUUGACGAAUGUCAUCAUGCUGUUGCACCGUCGUAUUUGAAAAUAUUGAAACAUUUCCAUGCAGAUACAAAAGACACUGAUGUUCAUGUAAUUGGGUUUACGGCUACUCUAGCACGUACCGAUAAACAGAAACUAGGAACAGUAUUUGAUAAGAUUGUCUUUCAAAGAUCAUUACCCACUAUGAUUGAAAACAAGGAGUUGGCAGAGUUUAAAAUAUCAAAUGUGAAUAUCAAAGAUUUAAAUUUGAAAAAUGUCCCCAAAAAAGGUGGUGACUAUGAUUCUUCAAGUUUAUAUUUAGCUUUGAAUCAAGUAGACAUUAAUGAAAAGAUAUUAUUAGCAUACAUGGAGUUGGCAAAAGAUUACAAGAGCACAAUAAUUUUUUGUGUCAACGUUGAGCAUUGUCGUGAAGUAUGUGGGUUAUUUCAACAACAAGGAAUAGAUGCACAAUAUGUUUUAGGAGAAACGUCAAAAAUUGAAAGGGAGUUUAUUGUCGAAGAUUUCAAGCAGGGGAAAUUCCCUGUCUUGUGUAAUGUUGGAGUUUUCACAGAAGGCACAGACAUACCGAACAUUGAUUCCAUAAUUCUAGCAAGACCAACAAUGUCACAAUCUCUAAUGAUACAAAUGAUUGGUAGAGGAUUACGAUUACACAAGGAGAAAAGUCACUGUCAUGUGAUUGACUUGGUGGGGAUAACAAAAUCAAGUCUAGCAUUGAAAGCGACAUUAUCUGGGGAAGAGCCACAAGAGCAAGAGAAACGGAAAUACAAAGAUGAAAAAGAUAGUGAAGAAGAAGACGAAAGAUUGGACGAUUUGGAGUAUAUUGAAUCGAUCAAAUCGUUGCGUGCACGUAGGAAACUAAUAGUGGAACGUGCAUUGUACUAUUACAACCAUGGGGUGUCCGAAUUGCAAACAAUAGAUGGCAUACAAUUAUUUCAAAGAUACAUGCUGGAUAUAGAGGUUGUGAAGGAUAUACUUAUGAAAGGCAAACUCCCAUGGGUGGCAUUGCAUAGAGAUUCAGUAUGGGGUGUUGGUGGUCUAGACAAUACUUUUUUCCUAAUUGAAAAGAUCAAGACAAAUGACAGGAUAGAGUUUAAGUUGACUCAAAAUCAGCUUAGUAGACAUAGCAACUCAAAUCAUGAAGAAGUUGAGCAUAUUUACACAAGCAGCAAUAUACUUGAGUUGAUGCAGAAACUAGAUGACACAUUUCCAGAACAUGCAUCGUAUACAGCAAAGUAUAACACGUUUAGAAGAAAGUGUCACAGAUAUUUUGCUGAAUUUAUUAUUUCGAAAUUAAAUACUCGAAUCAGUAAGUAUUGUCAUGAGAAUGGUCUUGAGAGACAACAGUUUCUUGCCUCGCUUAACGAUGUUAUUCGUGGAUUACACUUAGUAACAGCAUACAGAUUAAAAUUUGCAUUAACAUAUUCUCCACACUGUGAUUAUUCUAUUUGGAAAGGAAACCAGCUUCUAGCACAAGCAGUGACAAAUUGUCGCAAGAAUACACUUUCAAAAUAUAGAGAUUAA